UGCCAGGGCUCCAACCGCUGCCAGCCCGGCGUCCUGCUGCCCGUCUGGCAGCCCGACAACCCCUCCUUCGGCGACAAGGCGGCCCGCGCCAUCGUCUACUUCGUGGCCAUGAUGUACAUGUUCUUGGGCGUCUCCAUCAUCGCCGACCGCUUCAUGGCCUCCAUCGAGGUCAUCACCUCCAAGGAGAAGGAGAUCACCAUCACCAAGGCCAACGGGGAGACCAGCAUCGGCACCGUCCGCAUCUGGAACGAGACGGUCUCCAACCUCACCCUGAUGGCGUUGGGCUCUUCGGCCCCCGAGAUCCUCCUCUCCGUCAUCGAGGUCUGCGGUCACAACUUCCAAGCGGGCGAGCUGGGACCCGGCACCAUCGUGGGCAGCGCGGCCUUCAACAUGUUCGUGGUCAUUGCCGUCUGCGUCUACGUCAUCCCCAGCGGCGAGAGCCGCAAGAUCAAGCACUUGAGGGUCUUCUUCGUCACGGCCUCCUGGAGCAUCUUCGCCUACAUCUGGCUCUACCUGAUCCUGGCCGUCAUCUCCCCCGGGGUGGUGCAGGUCUGGGAAGCCCUCCUCACCCUCAUCUUCUUCCCCGUCUGCGUGGUCUUCGCCUGGGCCGCCGACAAGCGGCUCCUCUUCUACAAGUACGUCUACAAGCGCUACCGCGCCGACCCCCGCAGCGGCAUCAUCAUCGGCACGGAGGGCGAGCUCCCCAAGGGCAUCGAGAUGGACGGCGGCUUCCCCGUCCCCGAACGCCGCGAGGCCGAAGGCGCCGGCGUCACCGCGUCGCCCGCCCUGCCCGCCCCCACGCCGGAGGAGAAGGAGCUGGACGAGAGCCGCCGGGAGGUCAUCCAGAUCUUGAAGGACCUCAAGCAGAAGCACCCUGAGAAGGAGCUGGAGCAGCUGGUGGAGAUGGCCAACUACUACGCCCUGCUCCACCAGCAGAAGAGCCGUGCUUUCUACCGCAUCCAGGCCACCCGUAUGAUGACCGGGGCCGGCAACAUCCUCAAGAAACACGUGGCCGAGUUCUCCAAGAGGUCCUCCACCCUCCUGGAGGUGCCCUCGGACGCCGAGGAGGAGACCUGCAGCCGCAUCUUCUUCGAGCCUUGCCUGUACCACUGCCUGGAGAACUGCGGCUCGGUGACGCUCUCGGUGGCUUGCCAACACGGCGCCGAAGCCAACCACACCUUCUACGUGGACUACAAGACGGAGGACGGCUCGGCCAAGGCGGGCUCCGACUACGAGUACAGCGAGGGGACGCUGAUCUUCAAGCCGGGGGAGACCCAGAAGGAGCUGAAGAUCGGCAUCAUCGACGACGACAUCUUCGAGGAGGACGAGCACUUCUUCGUCCGCCUCCUCAACCUCCGGGUGGGCGACGCCGAGGGGAUGUUCGAAGCCGACUCGGCCGACCACCCCAAGGGUCGGCUGGUGGCCCCGUUGGUGGCCACCGUCACCAUCUUGGACGACGACCACGCCGGCAUCUUCACCUUCCAGGAUCGGCUGCUGCACGUCAGCGAGUGCCAGGGGACGGUGGAGGUGAAGGUCGUCCGCAGCUCGGGCGCCCGCGGCACCGUCCUCCUGCCCUACCGCACGGUGGAGGGCACGGCCCGCGGGGGGGGGGGGCGCCCGUGCCACGUUCCCGUGCCCGUGCCAUGUCCCCACGCCCCACCAGACGGUGACCGAAAGCUCUCUGCGGAGGAGGAGGAGGCUCGGCGCAUCGCCGAGAUGGGCAAACCCGUCCUGGGGGAGAACUGCAAGCUGGAGGUCAUCAUCGAGGAGUCCUACGACUUCAAGGUCCCCCCCGGGACGGGGCUGCGUGACACCUUCGCCAGCAAGGUGGCCGCGCUGCAGGACCAGUGCGCGGACGCCUCCAUCGGCAACGUGACGGGCUCCAACGCCGUCAACGUCUUCCUGGGGCUCGGCGUCGCCUGGUCGGUGGCCGCCAUUUACUGGGCGGCGCAGGGCCAGGACUUCGAGGUGCAGACGGGGACCUUGGCCUUCUCCGUCACCCUCUUCACCAUCUUCGCCUUCGUCUGCAUCAGCGUCCUCAUGUACCGCCGCCGGCCCCACAUCGGGGGCGAGCUGGGGGGGCCCCGCACCCCCAAACUCCUCACCGCCGGCCUCUUCCUCGGCCUCUGGCUCCUCUACAUCCUCUUCGCCAGCCUGGAAGCCUACUGCCACAUCAAGGGCUUCUGA